AUGUCCCAGAAUGUCUCCAGAGUCAGCAUGCAGCAAGCGCUAGACUUUGGCUACUCCGCGUGGACUCCUGGCCCUGAUCCUGAUAAUGGCAAUCAAGGCCCGGGCGUAUGGAGUCCUUACUAUGCUUUUCCUUUUGCCGCCGACUUCAUAAAUGGAGCAACUGACCUGAAAGUGGUACCAGUCCUACAACAGGAGAAACUCGUAGCAUAA